GAUACGUUGGAUACAGACACCGGAAGUAGGACAUUGCGUCACUGUAGUGGGGAAUUCAAACUUCGACAACAGGACAUCACUGAGCGAGAGGGCUGUAUAUUACAAAUACUAACUGGAAGGUUGUGUUUUCGGUGAGAUGGACAGCGCGGCGGAACUCCUCAAGUACUAUGAAGUCUACGAGACCAUCGGCUCGGGAGGCUUUGCUAAGGUCAAGCUGGGUCGCCACAUCCUGACGGGAGAGAAAGUGGCCAUUAAAAUCAUGGAGAAGAAGGAACUGGGGGAGGACCUUCCUCGUGUGAAGGUGGAGAUAGAGGCCAUGAAGAGUCUGAGCCAUCAGCAUGUCUGUAGACUGUACCAUGUUAUCGAGACUAAUACCAAGAUAUACAUGAUCCUGGAGUAUUGUCCGGGAGGAGAGUUGUUUGACUACAUCAUCGCUAAGGACCGUCUGUCUGAAGAGGAGACCAGAGUGUUCUUCAGACAGAUCGUCUCAGCUCUGGCCUACGUCCACAGCCAGGGGUACGCCCACAGAGACCUCAAACCGGAGAACCUGUUGAUAGAUGAAGACCACAACCUGAAACUGAUCGACUUUGGUCUCUGUGCCAAACCAAAGGGGGGUCUGGGAUAUGAGCUGAUGACCUGUUGUGGAAGUCCAGCCUACGCUGCUCCUGAACUCAUCCAGGGUAAAGCCUACAUCGGCUCGGAGGCUGAUGUGUGGAGUAUGGGGGUGCUGCUGUUUGCUCUGCUCUGUGGAUAUCUGCCCUUUGAUGACGACAACUGUAUGGUCCUCUACAGGAAAAUCACCAGAGGCAGUUACAACAACCCUCAUUGGCUGUCUCCUGGGAGCAUCCUGCUACUCAACCAGAUGAUGCAGGUGGAUCCUAAGCAUCGUGUGACCAUCAGACAACUCCUAGACCAUCCCUGGACAAUGUCUGGCUAUGGCACCCCUGUAGAGUGGCACAGCAAGCAACCUUUGGGUUAUAUAGAUGAGGACUGCAUCACUGAGAUGUCCGUCAGCCUGAAGAUCUCCAGACAGAGCACCCUACAGCUGGUCAAUGAGUGGAAGUACGACCAGACCACUGCCACCUACCUGUUGCUGCUUUCUAAGAAACAGAGAGGGAAACCUGUCCGAUCAGGCCUCAACUUCCUGUCUGUGAUGUCAUGUCCUGUUCCACCUCAACGCCUGGGAGUACAGACUCUACUCUUCAACGAUGAUGAUGAUGAUGCUGAGGACCGUUGCUAUGACGACGACCUGCCCUGGGUUCCGCUCACACCCCAGCAAGAGAGAGCGACCUGUCCGUCAGCUGAAAAGAGGCGGGAUCAUAGUAACACGCCCCCACUCCUGAGAGGGAGCCAAUCGCACACCACCACCGUCACCAGGAGAGGCGGGACCGAUCCCGGGAACGGACCAAUGAAAACAAAGAGAACGUUGCCGUGGCCAAUAAGGAUGCUGAUAUAUUUGCUUUGCCCGCCCCCCCGAUCCCCAGUAGCCAAUAGGAAGGCAACUCGGCCCAAUAAGAGGGUCUUGACGACACCAACCCGUAAUAACACCAACAAGGUUGGCAACAAGGUAGACACACCCCAAGGAGGAGGCAGUACUUGUAAGGACCCGUCGAGGAAGAGACCGAGGGAGAGAAUGGAAGGGAAGGAGGAAGAAGAGAUGGAGAUACUGGCCUUCAGCCCAGAGAGAAGGUCCCGGUCGUUAGACCUGGCGGGGGCGUCUCGGGGGGACAGCAGCCAGAAGAGAAGGGGGGGGAAGGUUUUCGGCAGUCUGGAGAGAGGGCUGGAUAAAGUCAUCACCUUGCUCACACCCAGCAAGAGACGAGGGCUGCGGGACAGACCACGCAGGAUCAAGGCCCAGUAUAAUGUAACGUUGACCAGUCAGACCAACCCAGACCAGGUGUUGAACCAGAUCCUCUCCAUUCUACCGGAGAAACACGUCGACUUCGCACAGAAAGGCUAUACUCUGAAGUGUCGCACCCAGGGGGACUUUGGGAAGGUGAACAUGGCGUUUGAGCUGGAGGUGUGUCUGCUGCACAGACCUGAGGUGGUGUGUGUGAGGAGACAGAGGCUGAAGGGAGACUCCUGGGUUUACAAACACCUGGUGGAGGACAUUCUCUCGACGUCCAGCAUCUAGAUGUCACUACUUCCUGUCGAUGAUGUCACAUCCUGUCCAUGUUCCAGAACCAAAAGCCGGUGUCUUAACUAAUUCCAUGUAGGGCAGAGUGUCUGCAGGUUCACUCCUCCCUUGUACUUAGUUAGGACCUCCCCUCACCUGGUUGUCUGGGACCUCACCUGGUUGUCUGGGACCUCACCUGGUUGUCUGGGACCUCACCUGGUUGUCUGGGACCUCACCUGGUUGUCUGGGACCUCACCUGGUUGUCUAGGACCUCACCUGGUUGUCUAGGACCUCACCUGGUUGUCUAGGACCUCACCCUCACCUGGUUGUCUAGGACCUCCCCCUCACCUGGUUGUCUAGGACCUCCCCCUCACCUGGUUGUCUAGGACCUCCCCCUCACCUGGUUGGCUAGGACCUCCCCCUCACCUGGUUGUCUAGGACCUCCCCCUCACCUGGUUGUCUAGGACCUCCCCCUCACCUGGUUGUCUAGGACCUCCCCCUCACCUGGUUGUCUAGGACCUCCCCCUCACCUGGUUGUCUAGGACCUCCCCCUCACCUGGUUGUCUAGGACCUCCCCCUCACCUGGUUGUCUAGGACCUCCCCCUCACCUGGUUGUCUAGGACCUCCCCCUCACCUGGUUGUCUAGGACCUCCUCCUCACCUGGUUGUCUAGGACCUCCCCCUCACCUGGUUGUCUAGGACCUCCCCCUCACCUGGUUGUCUAGGACCUCCCCCUCACCUGGUUGUCUAGGACCUCCCCCUCACCUGGUUGUCUAGGACCUCCCCCUCACCUGGUUGUCUAGGACCUCCCCCUCACCUGGUUGUCUAGUACCUCACCCGGUUGUCUAGGACCUCACCCGGUUGUCUAGGACCUCCCCCUCACCUGGUUGUCUAGGACCUCCCCCUCACCUGGUUGUCUAGGACCUCCCCCUCACCUGGUUGUCUAGGACCUCCCCCUCACCUGGUUGUCUAGUACCUCACCCGGUUGUCUAGGACCUCCCCUCACCCGGUUGUCUAGGAACCUCCCCUCACCCGGUUGUCUAGGACCUCCUCCUCACCUGGUUGUCUAGGACCUCACCUGGUUGUCUAGGACCUCACCUGGUUGUCUAGGACCUCACCUGGUUGUCUAGGAACUCACCUGGUUGUCUAGGACCUCCCCUCACCUGGUUGUCUAGGACCUCCCCCUCACCUGGUUGUCUAGGACCUCCCCCUCACCUGGUUGUCUAGGAUUUUUCCUCACCUGGUUGUCUAGGACCUCACCUGGUUGUCUAGGACCUCCCCUCACCUGGUUGUCUAGGACUUCAUACUGAAAGUGAAAUAACUAAAACCAGCAGAUGACUGCCCUCCAUGGAAUGAGUUUGGACACCUUCUGAUCUAGUGCCUGUCGACAGAAGCACAGAUCCAGGAACAGUCUCCAUUUCCUCAACCUUAACUAGUGUAGUAUAAGUUAACUAGUAGGGGGGGGGGGGGGUCUGCAUGAAAACUGACCUGAGAUCAGUGUCAAGUUUAAUAAGAUGACCACUUCCUCUCUUUUACAGGUGACAUUCCUUUCCUCCUUAAACAUGUUUCCUUUAAGUGUGUCGCAUUGUAUUUCUUCCCCCCCACUGAUUCAGUAGCAGGAAGGAGUUUUGAGGUGUCACGUUUUAUUCCUCCCCCCCCCCACUGAUUCAGUAGCAGGAAGGAGUUUUGAGGUGUCGCGUUGUAUUCCCCCCCCCCCCCACUGAUUCAGUAGAAGGAAGGCGUUUUGAGGUGUUACGAUAUCAUAGAGCCUUUUAGCCUCGCAGAAUACCAGUCUACUGAAAGCAUUCAUUCUUUACAGAAUACCAGUCUACUGAAAGCAUGAAUUCUUUACAGAAUACCAGUCUACUGAAAGCGUUAAUUCUUUACAGAAUACCAGUCUACUGAAAGCAUUAAUUCUUUACAGAAUACCAGUCUACUGAAAGCAUUAUUUCUUUACAGAAUACCAGUCUACUGAAAGCAUUAAUUCUUUACAGAAUACCAGUCUACUGAAAGCGUUAAUUCUUUACAGAAUACCAGUCUACUGAAAGCAUUAAUUCUUUACAGAAUACCAGUCUACUGAAAGCAUUAAUUCUUUACAGAAUACCAGUCUACUGAAAGCAUUAAUGCAACGUUUGUUAGUUUGUACAUAUACCAGUAAUAGGAUCCAUAUUUACUUAUUUCUCUAUCAUGUCUUUUACAUUUCUAGGAGACGUUGUUGUUUUUAAACUCUAUUUUUUUGUCAGAUGAUCUGUCUGUCUGUGGAAGAUUUAUUGUUAAUAAUUGUAAAGGAUCCAAAAUAAAUGGAGUUUGUAGAGAG